ACAAUUCGCCAGAAAUUUCCUCUCCUCACCACUAGGCGGCUGGGUACAAGAGGCCAUUCAAAAUAUCACUAUUACGGAAUUGGCAUCAAAGAAAGCAGUGCAUAUUAUCAUUCUGUGUAUUCUGGCAAAGGUUUAACAAGGUUUUCUGGAAGCAAGUUGAAGAAUGAGGGUGGCUUUACACGGAAAUAUUCUUUAAGCUCCAAAACGGGGACUCUUCUCCCAGAAUUCCCCAGUGCUCAGCACCUUAUGUUGGACCAGUGUAUCUCUAAAGACAAGGUGGAUACCCUUAUCAUGAUGUACAAAACUCACUGCCAAUGUGUCCUUGACAAUGCCAUUAAUGCAAACUUUGAAGAGAUCCAACAUUUCCUAUUACAUUUCUGGCAAGGAAUGCCAGAGCAUCUUCUCCCCCUGCUUGAAAAUGCAAUUAUCCUGGACAUCUUCUGUGUUUGCGACUCAAUACUCUAUAAGGUCCUUAUAGAUGUACUCAUCCCUGCAACUAUGCAAGAAAUGCCAGAAGGAAUAUUGGCUGAUAUAAGAAAUUUUGCUAAAAACUGGGAACACUGGAUGAUUUCUGCACUAGAAAAUCUACCGGAAGAACUUGCAGCAAAGAAAUUACCAAUUGCACGGAGAUUUGUAUCUUCCCUGAAGCGUCAGACCUCCUUUUUACACUUAGCCCAGAUUGCACGUCCCGCUCUCUUUGAUCAACAUAUAGUGAAUGCCAUGGUUGCUGAUAUUGACAAGGUUGAUCUGUAUGGCAUUGGAUCCCAAGCACUUCUCACUAUCUCAGGAAGCCUGGACUCUGAGGUGGAGGGCUACACUGAAUAUGACUCUAUUACAGUGUUCCAAGAAUUGAAGGACCUCUUAAAGAAGAAUGCUACUGUGGAAUCGUUUAUUGAAUGGCUGGACACGGUCAUUGAGCAAAGAGUUAUUAAGGCAAGCAAGCAGAAUGGUCGGUCUCUAAAGAAGAGAGCCCAAGACUUCCUUCUCAAGUGGAGCUUCUUUGGAGCUCGAGUAAUGCACAAUCUCACUUUGAACAAUGCAUCCAGUUUUGGUUCAUUUCAUCUCAUCCGCAUGCUUUUAGAUGAAUAUAUCCUCCUUGCGAUGGAGACCCAAUUCCACAACGAUAAAGAACAAGAACUUCAGAAUUUAUUGGACAAAUAUAUGAAGAAUUUAGAUGCCAGUAAAGCCACCUUUACAGCAUCCCCCAGUUCUUGUUUCCUAGCAAACCGCAACAAGGCUGUCCCAAUUGCUAGCGAUGCCUCAGUGAAAAACGAAUGCCUGGUAGAGCAAACCUAUUUCUCUUUAUCAUCCAGUCAUCAUGGAAGCAUAUCGUCUGGCCUGAACCCAUGCCCUGCAGGAGACAGUGAGAAUAUGCAACCCACAGGUCAGACAGACCUCUCUCAGAGCACUGCUCACCUUAUCACUCCGCCCAUUUCUCCAGCCAUAGUCAGCCGAGGAAGUGUUAUCAACCAGGGACCGAUGGCUGCCAGACCAUCCAGUGUAGAUCCAUCAUUAUCUGCACACUCCCACUGCUCUUCUUAUUCUGAAUAUCUCUAUCAGACGGUGCCACAAAUGAACCAGAACUUCUAUGGAGCCGGUGCCAAUUAUCCAGCCAUGUUCAGGGCCCAGACACAUCUGCCUUCGGGAUCCUGUCCCCAGAGGGCAGAAUCUAGCCUUUGCCCAGCAGCCAAUGAGCAGCAACGUUUCUCCCGGGACCACUUCAAUAGCAGUUGUGCUGUGUCUUCAUACAGUACCCGUUCCCUUCCUCUUUAUGGAGCCUCUUCAGCUGCACAGGAGACACAUUGUAUGCAAAUUUUGAACAAUGGGAGCUGCAGCUUUGCGAACAACACCCCAACGAGUUCUUGUCAAGGAUCAUCAUAUUCCACAGCUGCUUCUAAUGGGUUCUAUGGAAAUAACACAAACUAUUCAGAUUCCCACAGAUUUGAGUCAUUGGUAGAUCAGCAUGUUUCUGUCAUCAGCAGCAUAAGCAGCGUUCGCCCGUUGCCUCCAUACAGUGACAUUCAUGAUACACUCUGCAUCUUAGAGGAUACAGGAAGGAAACAGGGAACAUCUUAUUAUCCAGAUGCCUCCAUCGUGGGUCAAAACUCUAUAACUUCAGAAAUGCUGCCUGCUCUGCCUACAAAUUCCUCUCAAUGCAUGUAUAGCCAUUCUCGACAAUGCCCUUCUCAGGAACCAAUGGACUCUUCUGGACAAGCUAACAAUGAGAUGGUGUCAUCCUUACCACCAAUUAAUAUUGUCUUCAUGGGAACUGCUGCUGGAGGCACCUGAUUUUUAGUUCUCACUUACUUCCUCCACUUAGCAACUUUGUUCAUCAGAAAAGUUUUACAAAUUGAUUUUAAAGAGUGUCCAGAAAGAUUUUAUGGUGCAUGCUUAAGUAAUAUUGGACUUCUCAGUCCGAGUGCAAAUUAUUUCUUAUAUGUAAAUGAGAAUAUACUUGCAAAGUGGUUUUCUUCUUAUUGCUGACUGGGUUUAAAUGCACAUUUAGAGAAUGAUCAUAUUUCCAGUUUCCCCUCAUUGCAAUUUAAAA